AUGUUUAUAGCCAUCAUUGGCACUCCCUCCGCUGGGAAACGCACUCUAUUGGACUACUUGGUCUCCAAGCAUGGUUUCACCCAAAUCGGGCUUGAGGCGCCUUCGGACCCCAUGGACGCGGCGCGCCCGACCUUCGCCUCGCCCGCUAUACUCCUCGACUAUGUCACCCACAACUGGCUCAUCAACACCGUCACGACAGACUUGCGGACAUACGACGAGAUUGAGCCAUUCUUGAAACGGCCAUUCUUCCUGCUAGUCUCGGUGGAUGGACCGCUUCGGACGCGAUUCGAGCGGGAACGGGAACGAAGCAAGAACUCAGGCUCGACUCUAACAUUGGACGACUUCAUCGCCGAACAUGACACGCUCCUCAACGGUCCUCCUCUCCCCACAUCCCUUCCGCCCUCUACCUUCGCCCAUCACCCCCAAACGGACUUCAGCCGAGUGAUGAAGCUCGCGAAUGUGUCGGUGUGCAAUAAUCUCCCGUCGGUACCGGCACUAUGGGCGUACCUCGACCAGUUGAACUUGAUGGACGAGGAAAGACUGAGACCGGGGUGGGACACGUAUUUCAUGACAUUGGCGUCUCUAGCGUCUCAUCGGUCAAAUUGUAUGAAGCGGCGCGUCGGAGCUCUGCUUGUUCGAUCAAAGCGGAUCCUAUCAACGGGGUACAAUGGGACCCCGAGGGGAAUAAGGAACUGUAAUCAGGGCGGAUGUAGGCGGUGUAACGGUACAGCGAGGGGAGGGGAGUCUUUGGACGAGUGUCUCUGUCUCCACGCUGAGGAGAACGCACUGCUCGAAGCGGGCCGCGAGAGGAUAGGCGAUGAUUCAGUCAUAUACUGCAACACGUGCCCCUGCUUGCGAUGCUCAGUCAAGAUCGUCCAGACCGGCGUACGCGAAGUGGUGUAUAACCAGUCGUACUCGAUGGACGCGGCUUCGGCGAUGGUUCUGAAAGAAGGAGGGGUUAUUCUGCGCCAGCUGCACAUGCCGCCAUAG